UGAACUAUACUUACUCCUGCGUUGAGACCUUAGUACGAUGCUCGAGGAAGGACUCAGAAUAUGUCAUUAGGUCUAAGUAUUCUGUAAUCGUCGUCCAAUACCUCAACUUAACAUCUUGCUAUCACACCUCACACUGGUUCUACUUACGGGCAUACGCCGCAGCGACCACUUCCCUGCCAACGCUACGAGUCCAAACAUUUCUCUUUAACUUCACCAUCAUGUCUUUUAUGAGCUGGUUCGGUACACGCAGAGACCCCAGACAGUCUGCUCGAGAUGCGAUCAUUGGCCUACGACAGCAACUUCAAAUGAUAGACAGGAAGGAGGAUUAUCUGCUAAAGAAGAUUGAGGAAGAGGUCAAGAAGGCAAAAGCAAAUGCCGUAACGAACAAAGCAGUUGCUACAGCAGCCCUGAGGCGCAAGAAGGCGAGCGAGGCGGAGCUUGAUAAGCUACAUGGAACACGGCUACAGCUGGAGAUGCAAGUCAACACAUUGGAGUCUGCUAAUAUGAACGCAGAGACGAUGGCUGCAAUGAAGAAAGCAGCGGAUGCACUCAAGGUGAUACACGGAAACAUGACGGUCGACCAAGUGGAUGCAACGAUGAACGAAGUCAAUGCGCAACGGGAGGUUGCUCAAGAGAUUUCAGAAAUAAUAUCGAGUCCUUCCGCCUUAGGCGACGUGGAUGAAGAUGAACUAUUGCAGGAGCUCAACGACCUAGAACAAGAACAAUUAGACGAACGAUUACGGGGAGCAGAUCAUGUCCCGUUACAUCGACCUCAUAUCGCUGAGGAACCGGAAGCCAUCGACGAGGAGGAAGAACUCAGACAAUUACAAGCUUCAAUGGCUAUGUAACUCCUUCAUUUAACCACCCUUUUUCCUUCAUCUGUAUUUCGCAUUGUACCUUUUUGGUUUUCGUUAUCUACUUACGAAUGAUCACCACUGAGAAUGUUUAAGUUAUCAUAAUGUAUCACAAUAUGAAUUCAAC